GGAAUCAUGUGGAUCUCAUUUGCUUGUUUGCUGUUGCUUUCUGCUACAGUGAGCUCUAUGAAUGGGCCUCACAACAAAUUUGUAAAACAGCACAUCAUCAAGAAAAUGAAUGUAAACAGGUGUGACAAGGAGAUGGGGAGGAAAGAGAUCACCGAAACUGACAGUAGCACGUGUAAGGACACCAAUACCUUCAUACUAGCAACCAGCCGCGAAGUCACAAAAGUAUGUGGGAAAGCAGGAAAGCCAUAUGAUGGUGGUUUGACCAUAAGCACCCAACCCUUCCCCAUUGUCGUCUGCAGACUGAAGACAGGGAACAAUAAACCCAAAUGUCAGUACAAAGGUAAAAGUGACACCAGGUACAUUGUAAUCAGAUGUGAAGGAAAGUACCCAGUGCACUUCGCCAAAGACGUUUUUUCCCUUGGUUAACGACUAACUGCUCACUGUUAUUCGCAAUAUAAUAAAAUACAUUUAAAAG